AUGCCGUCUGUCGAAGAGCAAUUGGCGCGCUUCAUGGCUCAGCGUGAAGCUGGGGCUACCGCCAAGACUUCCGCCUCGAUCCAGCCCGUGGCUUUCAACGAUCCCGAAGAGCAGAUCCGCCGAUACAUGAGCGGUGCGCCCCCUGCAGUGGCUGCUGAUGCUCCUGCCAAGCCGACUGAGGUGCCCCGCCUAGCAACCACGCCUCUCGAGCCUGUCAAGGUCAACGGCACCAUCACAGUGCCCGCGGCCCAUUUUGUGGACCUGCUGACCAACGUGCUUCGUCUCGAGGGCUCCAUCGUCACUGGUCCCGGCUUUGCCUUCAAGACAUGCGCACCCACCAGUUUUGUACUUAUUCACACCGAGCACGCUGUUUUCCAUGCUUGGAGAGCGCAGGUGGUACAAUGGUGCAAUUUUGCAGCCAACGAGCUGGUUCAUGUCACGCCCGGAUUUGCCGAGCGCACCAUCUCCGCCUUCCAGCGCCUGGAUGCUCAACUGGCCCAGGGCUGCUGGCUUUUGGGCAACGAGCCCACCGUGGCCGAUUUCGCCGUCUGGCAUGAGCUGUCCCGUGUCGUGAGUGGUUCCAUUUACGCUGCCAUCUGCCGCUUUCACAACGUCAUCCGCUGGCUCGACUUUGUUCAGCGCCUGCCUGGCUGGAAGCCCGCCCCGCUGCUAGAUGGUCAUGAUGAUUGGGUGAACUGCCUCCACGUCAAUGCCGAAAGCAUCGUGACCGGCGGAAAUGAUGGCACGAAAGUUGCGGCGCAUGAUGACUGGGUGACGGCGCUGACCUGGGCAGGCAAAGGCCAUCGCUUGCUUGCUUCUGGAGGCUUUGAGAAGGACCGAAAGAUCAAGACAUACCGCGACCAUACGGAGUGGGUUACGGCCGUGGCAUGGUCUCCGCAUGAUGAUGAGGUGCGGGCGCCCGAUGGUAACAAGACGGUUACAACUUGGAUUGGCUGUUGCCACUCACUUGACGAGCAGUUGGUAACAGCGUGCGGGGAUGGCCUGCUGCGAGUAUUUGGGCUUGACUCUGCGGAACCACGGCGCGUCUUGCAAGGUCACUUGGAUUGGGUGGAAUCGGUGGACUGGGCGCGAACGGGAGGCUUGAUUGUGUCGUGUGCCUUUGAAGAGGAUCCCACCGUGCGCGUGUGGGAUGCCAUGACGGGCCAGCAACAACACUGCUUCUUGGGGCACGAGGGCCGUGUCCUGAGCGUAGACUUUCAUCUGGAUGGUGCCUUGGUGGCCAGCGGGGGUGCCGAUGGCACGGCACGCGUUUGGUCCCUACUGACCCUCACAGAGAGCCGACGGUUGGAGAUUGGGGACCGAUCGCCCGUCAACGAAGUGCUUUUUUCGGCAUCGGGCUAUCUGCUUGCAACAGCCGCCGAAGACAGCUCCAUUCGGAUAUUUGAAACUGGCGGCUGGACGUGCUUAUAUGAAUUUCCACGUCAUCAUCGCUAUGUCACUUGUCUUUCUUUUGCCCUCGGGGAUGAAUAUCUGCUCUCUGGCUCGGAUGAUUUUACAGCUGGUGUUCCCGGUCCGUCGCUGGCGUGGCGACAAUCAUUCCGCAAAACCCAGCGCCUGGGCAAGGCUGAGCCAGCCCGGGCCACGGUGAAGAAAAUGCUGGCAAUCGAAGCCAUGGGGCGCACUGGCCGGCCCUCGCCAACAUUGUCGGAAACAGGCGACGAAAGCCCGACCGAGGUACCCGCCAUCAUGUUGGAAUACGCAACCACUGCCAUUUGGACUGCCCUGGCCAUCAUCCUCGUGCGCUGGAUCGUCAAGACGGUGAUCAGCAUUCGCGCCAUUGAGAAGCUGCCUGGACCAAAGUUCAAAUUUCCUCUCGGAACUUUGUAUGCCCACCCUACCCCUGUGGAACAUGUCAAGCUGAUCAAGCGCCUGAGCGCUGAGAACCCCACCAGUGGCUUCCGCUUCUGGCUCGGCCCGGUCCAGGCUGUUUGCGUUUUGAACCACCCUCAAGCUGUCCGAGCCAUCUUGGAGGACGAGCCCCCCAAGGCCCCCAUGCUGUAUCGUUACAUUCAACCCUGGCUUGGAGAGCACAGCCUUUUGACGCUGGAAGGUGAACGCUGGAAAAACAUGCGCCGUCUUUUGACACCGGCCUUCCACCUGCACAUCCUCCACCAUUACGCCCCCGUGAUCGUUGAUGCGUCAUCCAUCAUCAUUGAAAAGUUUCUUAACCACGCCAAGACCAAGCCCGAAGAGGACUAUGAUGUUUUCAGCGACUACGCCCUCUUGACCCUUGACGUCAUCUGCCGCGCCGCCUUUAGCCACGAGGGUGAUCCGCAACGCAACCCUGAAGACAAAUACGCCGUCAGCAUCGGCCAGAUUGCCGAGAGCAUUAUUGCACGCGCCAUUAACCCCAAGAUGAUGUUUGACGGCGUCUACUACCGCAGCAAGGAAGGCAAGGAAUUCCAGGAGCUGCUGGACUACGUUCACGACCAUGCUGACAACCUCAUUGACAAGCGCGCAAAGGAGAUUGAGGGUCUCACUCUAGAUGACAUUGGCCGUACUCGCCCCGGAGGACGUACUCUCCUCGACUUUUUGGAUAUCCUCCUCACUACCCAGGAUGAGAACGGACAACGACUCAGCAAGGAGGCCAUUCGCCACCAGUGUGAUACCUUCCUCUUUGCUGGCCAUGACACCACUUCCUCGUGUCUUUCCUGGCUCUCCUACCUGCUCUCCGUCAACCCGGAGGCACAGGAGAAAUGCCGCAAGGAGAUUUUUGAUGCCUUUGGUGAUGAAGCCCCAACUUAUGAGGAUGUUCAGAAGAAGAUUCCCUAUCUUACCUGCUGCAUCAAGGAGGCUCUGCGCAUGUACCCACCCAUUCCUGGUGUUGCGCGCAAGCUCACCAAGCCGGUGAACGUUGGCUCGACUGUACUCCAGCCUGGCACAACGGCUGCCGUCGGCAUCCUGGCUCUGCACUACAACCCCACUUUGUGGGAGGAGCCCACCAAGUUUAAGCCUGAGCGUUUUGAAACGGGUGUCAAGCACGAUUCGUACAGCUUCCUGCCCUUCUCCAUCGGUCGUCGCAACUGCAUCGGCCAAAAUCUUGCCCUCAAUGAGAUCCGUCUGGCCAUGUGUCAAAUCCUCCGCAAGGUGGUCAUCCUGCCCUCAGCCGAAAAAGACUAUGAGCCCCAGCCCAUGUCUCAAAUUGUGCUUCGGUCCGAAAACGGCGUUCGCAUGCGCUUCAAGGCAUACGAAGAGUAAGCCCGCGCCUAUAUGUUGAUCGCGGUGUUUGCCAGGUGAUCUUAGGACCACUGAAGCUGGCACACAUCCGACCGCCACGCUUGGCUUGUCUCUCCUACAUGUUUCGGCAAUCAAAUCUUUUCUCUUCUUAGCUUAGGCGGCCGUGCCGCGUCGCAUAGCCCAUGAGAGCAUGUGGUCCAGUACGCAUCGUGCAGCUAGCUGGAGCCUGUCCUGUGUUUGCUGCUGGCCUUUGGCAAAAAUUCCACUUUGACUUUGGAGCCCUCAGGCUUUCGUCGCUUGCAUCACGAUUUUUACUCUUUCCUUGGCUCGUGGUUACUUCUGGCCAAGCCAUCAGCAGCUUGCUUGCUGCAGCAGGCCCAAUUCAAUCCCACAAAUCCA